AUGAGCAGCAAGGAAUGCUUCAAGUGUGGCCGCCCUGGUCACUGGGCCCGAGCAUGCCCCAGAGGAGGAGGAGCUCGAGGGCGCAGAGCUAGAGACCAUGGCAGAGGGGCUCAGUGCUGUUCCACCACCCUACCUGACAUCUGCUAUCGCUGCGGUGAGUUUGGGCAUCACGUUAGGAACUGUGACCUUCUCGAGGACAUCUGCUACAACUGUGGGAGGAGUGGCCACAUCGCCAAAGACUGUGUCGAGCCAAAGCGAGAGCGAGAGCAGUGCUGUUACACCUGUGGCCGGCCAGGCCAUCUGGCUCGUGAUUGCGACCGUCAAGAACAGCAGAAGUGCUACUCUUGCGGCGAAUUUGGCCACAUUCAGAAAGACUGCACCCAAGUCAAGUGCUACCGGUGUGGCGAGACCGGCCACAUGGCCAUCAACUGCAGCAAAACGAGCGUGGUCAACUGCUACCGCUGUGGCGAAUCCGGACACCUAGCCCGGGAAUGCCCCAUUAAGGCUACCGCUUAA